AUGUGCGGUUCUUUUAAGGUCUGCACUCCACAACUGCCGCUCCUGUUCGGAGCUCAGCCCACCGGGCCUCUCGCUCCUUUCCCGCACGCCUGCUGAAGGUCCCGGUGCCCUAACUGGCUGUCCCACUUCCUUCUCGGGUCUGGCUAUACUGACCCUGCACAAAAGUGGGCCGAAAUCUGUCCUAAUAAGCUGACGGAGAAGUCCCGCCCAACUUGGUUUAGAACUUGGUGGAUCGGAGGGGCGAGCAGCGGAUGUGCCAACUCCGCACUACAAGUUACUUAAAAAAAAAGUGCCAGUCACGACCCACUAAACUGAUCUUGCCAAACUGUCAGCUGCCGAAACAGUUUCUGGAAGUGGGGGCGUCGGCCCAGGUCAGGGCUCCACUUUGCUGACGCAUCCUUCAAGUCUGACGCCGACUUAACUUCAACCGGAUCUAUCCAAAACCACAAUCCGGAGUCGCAACGUAUGAUGGAUGGAACGAGACUCCAGCUGACCUCGCACGAGACCGGCGGGACGGGACCGGAAGUGAAGUCACCGUCGCGGCCCACGCUCAUUGGUCAGGAGCGGCGCGGUGGGCGGAGUGGCGCUCGGCUGUCCCAGCGCGCUGUUCGCGAGUACUAGAGUUUAGCGCCUGCUGUUCUGGCAGACCCUCUAGCGGAGUCGCACGCUCUCCUCCCGUUUCCCGCACUGCCAGCCUGCUCCAGGGGUGCAGAUAUGGACCUUCUUCAGUUCCUGGCCUUCCUGUUUGUCCUGCUACUGUCUGGGACAGGAGUCACAGGCACCCUGAGGACCUCCGUGGACCCAAGCCUGGAGAUCUACAAGAAGAUGUUUGAGGUGAAGCGGCGGGAGCAGCUCUUGGCACUGAAAAACCUGGUACAGCUGAAUGAUGUCCACCAGCAAUACAAGAUCCUUGACGUCAUGCUCAAGGGGCUCUUCAAGGUGCUGGAGGACUCCCGGACAGUGCUCCUUGCUGCGGACGUGCUCCCAGAUGGGCCCUUCCCCCAGGACGAGAAACUGAAGGAUGCUUUCUCCCAAGUGCUGGAGAACACGGCCUUCUUCGGCGACGUGGUACUGCGCUUCCCAAGGAUCGUGCAUCACUACUUCGACCACAACUCCAACUGGAAUCUCCUCAUUCGCUGGGGCAUCAGCUUCUGCAACCAGUCAGGCGUCUUCGACCAGGGGCCCCACUCGCCCAUCCUUAGCCUGUUCAUUUCAGGCACCGACCCUUUCCAGAAGGCCCUGAGGGAAGAGGAGAAACGCCGGAAGAAAGAGGAGAAGCGGAAAGAGAUCCGAAAAGGCCCGCGGAUCUCGCGCUCGCAGUCCGAGUUAUAGCCCUGUUGCAGCCCAGGGUUCAAGGGGCCAGGAGGAGGCCAGUUGAGAGGCGGAGGCGGAGGCAGUGUGGCCGAGGUGCAGCCGCAUUGACUGGUGGUGAGAGCCAGGCCCUGCAUGAGGGAGGCCACGUAUGCUUGGCCCCAGCUGAAGGGACUGGGCUGAAGAGAGUCGGAUUUCCUCCCAGGGUCCUCCGUGGAGGGGGCAUCGAGGGAACCUUCAGAGGACACUGUGCUGCAGACCUAAUUCUGUGGAGAUGCUGGGGGAGGCGGGAGGGAUGCAGGGCUGGACCCUCCCAGCGGGUUAGGACCGUUUGUCGGCUGGCUGGCUGCUACCCUUCAUGGGGAGGUAGCAGAACCAGGCUCCCAGCCAUGUGUAGAGGUGCCAAGCCUGCUGCUGGCCCCACUGUGUCACUGAGCACCCCCUUAGAGACACAAUAAAAGCCAGCAAACCUAGGCCAACCACGGCUGGCUUGGGCCCCAGGUAACUAUGAAGCCCUUUACAAGGCAGGUGGUGAGGGGCCUGGGUGGGGGGACCAGAGGCCCUCAGAGAUGUAGAAAGCACCUUAGAGGAGGUUCCCUCCCCAGGCCCUGGCAGGGCGGUGAAGCAAGGACUUGGUUUAAGCCUCCUAAUCCCUUCUCAGCACUGUCCUUGACCAAAGAUCAGUAUUGGGAAGGCCCUGGAAGUGUCCUGGUAGGGUGUUUAAUCCAAGAUGACCUUGGGGCAACAUGAUCUCUAUCCUCAGCUAUCUAGGGACAGCCAUUGAGCAGGCACAGGAGACUCAAUUUGUCCUCUCCGGCAACCCUGGGAGACCUUCAACCUGUAGACAGGCUGUAGACGAACAGCCUGCAGCUCUGCCGAAGCCUGCUUUGUAAUGGCCGGGCUGCCUGAAGUCAGAUCGGUCAGGCAGUGAGUUCCCCAGCUCAGGAGGUAUGCAAGCAGAGACCUGUGGUCACAGCGCAGGGAAGCUGCAGAGGCCCUGUGUGGGAAACUGCCCUUCAGUCAUGCUCUUCCCAGGCAGAGGAGGGAGGAGCUCUGGUGGAAUUCUAGCUCUGUCUCUGACCUUGCUAAGCCAGGGUCUGCCUCUUCAUAGGGUCUGAGAGACACAGCCAUCCCAGAACCCACACCACCACUACCACCGACAACCCAAGGGAGACCCCAGUCUUGUCUCAGCCUAUCAGACUUGCUGAGUGACCCUGGCCCACCCCUUUUCUUUGCUGUUGUUUCACUUGCAAAAUCAAUUUGAUAUUGUCUGAACUGCCUGCCCAGCCCUGAACUGCUUCUCCAAGGCUGAGGGCUGGCUUUUCAGGGACAGGUGCCCUUCUCCGAUGGUUCUUCGUCUGUCCCAUAGAUUUGCUGAACACCCACUACACGCAUAGCCAGUGCACCGUCUCAGCUGGCUUGAGCUCCGCCUCACCUGGUUACCUCUGUUCUCCACCGUCACCCUCUCUCUGUCUUGGCUGAUACCUUCCUCUCCACCUUCAAAUGAUCCCAAGUUUUCCCAUCUGACACCUGCAGAAAAACGAAUAGAACCACCUUGCUCUCCCCGUCUCCUUCCCUUUGCUGCAUCGUUGAUUGUUCUCACUUGAACUCCACCUUUUGUCUUAACUGUAGGCAGAGUCUGCCUAGCUCCCCUGCCUGGAGAUGUCGAGGUCCGAGUGUACGUUUGUCUAGCCUUCUUGCAGCUAGGAUUCAGUAAAGUGACUGAAGUGCCACCAACCAGAUGUACCAGCCUGUGUGAGUGGUGCUGCUGGAGGCAGUGGCACAGGUACCAGGGACGGCAAGUGUGUGUUGGGGGAGAGGGUUCCUAGUGGCCAGACCAGCACUAGGGGUGCCCAGUGGUGGCAACAGUGAUAUCGUUCGUGGUAUUUUAAACAUGGUCUUGGACAUUGUCCCUGUCUUGGAUGUGAACUUCCAAUCCCAACCUGAGGCACCCCUGAAGAGUCUGGGAGCUCCCCAGUAUCUUCUAAGACAGGAUUUCUUAGCAGUGGCACUGUUUACAUUUGGGGCCGGAUAAUUUUUUGUUGUGUGAGGAGGGCCAUCCUGUGUGUUGUAAGAUAUUUAGCAACAUUCUUGGUCUCUACAGAUUAGAUGCCUGUAGCAAUCUCCCAGUUAUGACAACCAAAAACAUCUGCAGACAUUGCUAGAUGUCCCCUGGGGGCAACACAUCCCUGGUCCACAGCCCUUUUACCCCCCUCAUCCUGCCCCCACAUCUUCCUCUGCUGUCCCCACUCACUGCCUGCAGAGAGAUGCUGAUGACACUUCCUUCUUGAGAGGAUCCCCCCAGGCUUCUGGGCCACCGUGUUGUCCUGGUUUUCUGCCUUUGGUCUGAGUCUGCUCUGUCACUUCCUGAUUCCCCUUCCCUCACAUGCCCCUUAAAUGAAGUGUGUUUUUGGCUUA